AUGCUAGAUGGCUUCAAAGUUUGUAUUGGUAUUUGUCAUUUAAGCAGUCAACUAGUGCAGUACUGUAAUCUAAAUUACAUCGAAACGAUUAAUCGUAAUCGUAAUCGUAAUCGUAAUCGUAAUCGUAAUCGUAAUCGUAAUCGUAAUCGUAAUCGUAAUCGUAAUCGUAAUCGUAAUCGUAAUCGUAAUCGUAAUCGUAAUCUUAAUCGUAAUCGUAAUCGUAAUCGGAGUCGUAGUCGUAAUCGUAAUCGUAAUCGUAAUCGUAAUCGUAAUCGUAAUCGUAAUCGUAAUCGUAAUCGUAAUCGUAAUCGUAAUCGUAAUCGUAAUCGUAAUCGUAAUCGUAAUCGUUAUCGUUAUCGUUAUUUUAUCGUUAUCGUGAUCCUUCUUCUUCAUCGUCUUGCAUCAUCAUCAGCAUCUUCGUCGUCAUCAGCUUCUCCAUCAUCAUCAGCAUCUUCGUCGUCAUCAGCUUCUCCAUCAUCAUCAGCAUUAAAGUCAUCACAAGAGUCCUCAUCAAAGCAUUCAUCAAAGUCGUCAUCAGAUUCACCAUAUAUACGUCAUCAGUUGCAGCCAUCAUACAUUUGA